CUUGUAGCUCGUUCGUGGCCAGCUUCGAAGCAUCUAUCGAUCAUGCAUCACUACUAAAGUAAUAGCCCUCAUGGCCAUUGCUGAAGUUGCUCACCACCAUGCCUCUCGGUAUCGAGCGCAUCAACGCUCGUCGCCAACAGCCUAAUGAGCACAUCAACUUCAUAAAGCCACUGGAUGGCCCAGAUAAGGAAUUUUCUGAGGACUUUCUCGAGCGCAUCGCCGCGAGUUGCAAACCUAUAAUGCGAUCUAAUCAUCUUGCCGUGAUGUCUCUUGAAGAGCAUAAGUGCAAUCCGGAGUUUCUUGGGCGGAAUUUCAACGCAGGCGAGGUCAUACAGCUUGUCUUGAAGGCACCAUCAGGGCACUGGCUGCCGUUCAAGUUUGUACAAAUGGUCAUGAUGCAUGAGCUCGCACAUUGCAAGCAGAUGAACCAUUCCAAAGCGUUUUGGAAAGUAAAAGACCAAUACUCGACUGAGCUAAAAGCGCUGUGGCAGAAGGGCUACACUGGAGAUGGAAUGUGGAGUCGAGGCCGAACUUUACUAACUGGGCAAUACGACCAAGCAAGUUUGGGGAGCGAGGAAAGUUUGCCUGAACAUCUUUGUGGCGGGACUUUCAGAUCAUCUGGAAAGCGGAAGAGGACCGCGAAGCCGAAACUCAGCUACAAAGAACGGAAAGAACGAACGAUUGCGAAGAAGUUUGGGGUCAACGGUGUCGCUCUAGGCGCGGACGAGGAGACCAAGGCUAAGCUUGAGAAGGGGAAGAAGACAGCCAGCAACCCGCGCGUCGCUGGCAGUAACCGCGGACGAGAAUUGAGAGCAAUGGCGGCGCUAUCAAGAUUUACUCCUACGACAGAAAACGUCAAGGCUGAGGAUGAGCUCGUGCAAUCCGGGAGCGAGACUGAAAGUGAUUGGGAAGCCGGUCUAUCGGAUCCAGAAGAGGCGGUGGGUUCUGAUGGCAAAAAGUUACUGGAUGGCAAAGGGAGAACAUUGAUUCGGGUCUGUGACGAUGAAGAUCCUGACGAAAUCAAUGUGAAGGUUGAGAUGUCUGAGCUUCGAAAGUUCGGGGUGGCCGAAGACAGCAAAAAAACCAACAAACCUCUGGUACCUGUCAGGAUAGAAGCCGCAACUAAGUCGUCGAUGUCUCAAACUCCAACUGAAGGUACCCAUAGAUCAACCAACCUGAGUCAGGAGCGGCGAGCAAAGCCUUCGAUUGGGGUAUCCACAGACACAGCAUCAAGAACUACAGCCUGCCCUGUCUGUUCGGCGGAACACAGUGUCGGGUCGCUUACAUGCAUGGUGUGCGCCAAUGUCCUCGAUCCAAAAAUGGUCCUUGACGUCUGGAAAUGCCAGAGCGAGGUUUGUCGGGGAGGUCUAUACACGAACGCGGGAGAUUAUGGUGUUUGUGGACUGUGCGGGGAGAAACCUCGUGACUCAGGCAGGCCGCGGACCAUAUACUUUCCUGAGAUCCUGUAAUAUGCGAAGGGGAUAUGAUACCAUACUCGCCGAAAGCACAUCCACGAUUGGAAAGAUAUACGAAAGACACUGUAAACCCCUCAUGUCGGUAUCUCCGCGGAGUCCCCAUGUGAUGAGCUGUAUGGUGUUGAGAAGAUUUGGGAAAUUUGGAAGAGGCGAAUUCCUGGAUGUAAGUGAACUCAGAGAGGGAAUGAAAUAGAUGCUCAUCACUGUAAUGCUCCUUCUGUAAGGGGGCGCGAUGGCCCAACUGGUUGAAAAACAAUGGUACCACGAGCGAACAAGAAUGGAGAGUGACGCCUGGGCCUGCAUGGCCAGCUGGGCUAGGUAUAGCUGGAUAUGUCACAUCCCUCUGGUGAUCCUAUUACUAGAGCCAGGAGCCAUCUCCUGGAGAACCAGGAUUGGACCAGUCUUUCGUCCCGGGGUUAUUGCGAGACGAGCCCACACAACCAGAGCCCACAUAUCCCCCCCACAUCCCUGCCAAAAAUUCCCUUUGAAAGUACAACGAGCAGGAUAGCCCAAUGGAAUAGCCUAGAUUGAAGUCCAAUGGAGGGGUGCGGCAAUUCAUUGCGGGUAAUUAGGAACGAAUAGACGGGGCAGCCAACUCGCUGGUACGGAGUGCAUGUGGCGAACGAUUCAGGUGGAGGGUCACCGAGGACCCGGGUACCACAAGAAGGAAAUUCCCCACGAUUACUACGCUCGGGAAGGGUGAUAUAACAAUACAGUGGAUAACUCCGUGCGCAUGUACAUACAUACAAUAUACAAUACGGUAGCACGCUGGCCGGGGCGAAAAGGGAGUCCAGAAUCCACAGAAUCCAGAGCGGGCGCAAGAGCCUCUGCAUUUUUGGGUGGAAAGCUGGUCCAAUACUGGUCCAAUACCUAAUAUUGGAGGCAGGUACUCAAACGUCACAGCUCGCUUCCGAUGUCCAGUUUGAGCUGGCUGGAACCCAUUAUCGCUUCACGUUAGAGUAGAGUAGUAUGUACACACAGUUAAUAGUAGAGUAGAGUAGAGUACGGGUAGAGUACGGGAAGAGUACAGUAGGCCAGAGUAUAGUUUGAGUAUAGUAUUGAGUUCAAUAGAAUAGAGAAGGAAUAGCCGUACUCUAGUUGAGGAAACGCGGAAAGAUCCCUCGGCCACGAGUGAAAUAAGUGGAUUCAAACUGCUUGUUCGCUUGGCGGCCAAACGACGGUUACAUUAUACUGGGGACAAAAGACGACAAUGGAUCUUCGUGGCUCGAGAAAACUGCGGAUUGACACUGGG